AUGGCUGGUGAGCGAGCGCUGAGUGCAGCACACGAGUUGAUCAAAGAGGCGGUGCUGGCAGCAGUGAGAGAGGAGCUGGCUGCGCACAAGGAGGAGGUGGAUGAGGUGCAGCACAUGUUGAUUGUUGCAGAAGAGAGGAUCGAGGCGACUGCUGUGGUGGUGAAGGAGGAGGAGAGAGAGAUGGUUAAGGGGGAGUUGGCAGCGGUUAAGUUGGAGUUUCCAGUGGUUAAACGGGAGUUGCCAGCAGCUAAGGGGGAGUUGCCAGUGGUUAAAGAGGAGUUGGGAGUGGUUGAAGGGGAGUUGGCAGUGGUUAAGGGGGAGUUGGCAGAACACAAGGAGGCUAUGGCAGAGCAAUUGGCAGAGAGUAAAAGGGCAUCGAAUGCAAGAGGACUGAAAGGGAAGAGUAGAAAGAGGAGGCAAGAAAUGACGACAGAGUUAGUAUGGGCGGGAUGUGACGUGCAGGCGGGAUCCGUACCUGGCAUGGGAGGCAUGGCCGGGCCUGGAGGUAUGGGAGGGUGGGGGUCUGGUAUGGGUUCUGGAGGUAUGGGAGGGCCGGGGCCUGGUAUGGGUCCUGGAGGUAUGCGUGCAGGCAUGGGUUCUGGCAUGGAUGGGGAGGCGCGGGGAGGGGGAGGCGGGGGCGGGUGGGGAAUGGGGGGUAUGGUGGGGAUGGGGAACAUGGGGAACAUAGGCAUGGGCGGGGGUAUGGGGAUGGGAACGGGUGGAGCGGGAGGAAUCGGGUUGAACAUGGGAUACGGCCCUAGUCCAGGGGGAAUGGGUGGGCCUUGCGGAUGGGGAGGUGGAGGAGGGGGAAGAGGGAGGAUGUCUAGUGGUAUGGGCGUAGGGGGAGUGGGAGGCGGAGGGGGAUGUGGGGGAGGAAUUGGGGCCGGUGUAGGGGGGGGCGCACGGGCAGGUUCAGGGGGGGUUGGAGGUGGCCCAGAAACAGGAUGUAUGCCAUCAAGAGCUCCCCACUUAGGCCCGAGCUGCCGUUAUCGGGGGGCGCAAUUCUACCGCACAAAGAUGUGCUUGAAGUUCCGCGAUGGCGUGUGCCCGUACAUGAGCAGCUGCAGGUUCGCCCACUCGCAGGAGGAGCUGCUUGCGCCGAGCUGGGCCCAGCUGGGGGAGCAAGAGUUGAUUGGCCAGGUGCCUGUGCCAUGA